CCGCAGGGAGAACCUGGUCUACAGGGACUUCAAGGGGAAAGAGGAUUCAUUGGAUUACCAGGCGUUCCCGGCUCUCAGGGAAUCCAAGGACCGAAAGGAGAGAAAGGAGACCAAGGGAUGAAAGGGGAGAGAGGGGAAGAGGGAGAGACGGGACACCCGGGUCCGUCCGGACCUACAGGACUUCCCGGACCCACAGGUAUAGGACUUCCUGGACCUCAGGGCGAGAGAGGACAACAGGGAAGAGCGGGACAACAAGGAAUCCCCGGAACGCCAGGACCGGUUGGACCGCCCGGCUAUUGUGAGCUCUGCAACUUUGCCGGUCAAGACUUGGCCCACGCCUUGCAAAUGGUGGUGCAGUCACAGCAACGCCAGGAGAAGGGACCACCAAAUUAAUGGUCAAAUUCAUACAAUCAAUGUUUUAAUUCAAAUCGAAAUGUCAUCCAAAC